AUGGCGAAGGAGAAGAUAUCGUCUAGGUCAUGGCCCGAACACUACCAGUACUUAGUGUACGUGGCUGAGCGGUCCGGUAACUCCGAGCAAUGCGUCUUGCAGUGCUUAUGCAAGUCAGCACCUGCAUACCUUCAGAGGGCGAUGUUGACGCGUCUCAACUCGCAGCGCAUGGAUCAUUUGCAGCAAGCCGCGGAGCUGGUUUCGUUCGCGAUCGAAUACGAGGCCAACACAGCAAAGUUAGGCAACGGCAACGGGUGUAGCAAGAGCAAUCGAGGUGGCCAUGGACGAGGUGGUCGCGGCCAUGGAAGUGGCAACGGUGACCAAAACGGACGCGGUGGCGGUUUUGUCGCUCGAUCGGGCAUUUAA